AACCUGAAGCAUUUUUGAUUGAUUUCCUGCAUAUAUGGACCGAGAAAUGGGAUGUGACCGAGAAUUCAUCGUCGGGUAAAUAUAUGAAAGAAGCCUAUAUGAGCCAUGUUGCCACCCGACGAUUAGGCAUUUCUUCGUAUCGGCAAUGAGAUCAAAUUUGAUACCAGGGCAUGAGAUCUUGUUGAUCUAAUGUUAAUGUACAUCUGUCAUUCAUUAAUACUUUUGAAUAACUGUUCUUUCUUUUGUUGUCAACAAAAAGCUACUAGAAAUAGUAUAUCUACUUUUUUUCACUCCCCGGAACGUUCUUCACAAUAGCAUGGCCAGCGGAGACGCUUUAGAGAUAUGGAUAGAAUUCGCUAUAGGAAUGGCAGCAUUUAUGCUUAGAUUUUUUGCAAGAUGGAAGCAUGUUGGAUUUAAUAAGUUUGCUCUUGACGACGUCUUCUGUUCUAUAGCCAUAGUAAGGCCAUUGGAUCCACAUGAAUACGUCAGACGUCACGGACUAAUCAGUUGCAGGUGUUCUUCACGCUCGAGGCUGGUCUAUGUUAUUUUUCUGGUAAAGAUCUGAAAAGUCCCACCAUCUAUGCAUAUCAAGAACUAAUUUCAACUCUAGAAAGAUUUGGUACUGUUGCCGGAUUUACCAAAACCACUUCACCGUUUGUUUCUGCACAGGAGAAACAUGAUUUCAGGAUUGGAGCUAUAUGCUUAUUUGGUGCUUGGAUAUCAUUUAUCACCCUCACUUGGACAUUGAAAGCAAUCCUUCUUUCACUUUAUCACCGGCUCACGUGAGUAUACUUCUAGAAUAGUAGAAGCCUUCCAAGUUCUAACUCAAUGGCAUACAGGCUUGGUUUACAGCAACAUAAGAUGAUAAAAUUCGUCGCCGGAUUUUGUAUAUUCUCAUGGGCCACUUGCAUUAUUGCCCAUUUCGCAAUAUGUGUCCCGAUUGAAAGGAAUUGGCAAGUUGAUCCGUAUCCUGGUGGUAAAUCUCCUUUUUAAGUUUCUGCACGGAAGCUUAACUGACAACCAUUUAGACAAUUGCAUUCUUCGUAGGCCUAAUCAAGCACUCGUUGGAAUUCUUAAUAUCUUGUAAGUAGUACAGAUGACAUAGGUGAAUGUAACUACUAAGACUACAAUUCUAGGUCAUAUUUAGGAGUCAUGGCUAUUCCUCUUCCACUUUUAUUCGCGGCACGAAUGCCUCUCUACCGAAAGUUGAUCCUUGGAUGUCUUUUCUGUUCUGGCAUCCUCGUCACAGUUAUAGUUAUCCUACGAGUAUACUCUUCUCUCAGUAAUACUGGAACCCUAUCAACUGUUAUCGAUUGGGCAUUUCGCGAGUCUUUUAUAUCAGUCAUUGCCGCCACAGCCCCCGGAAUUAAACCACUAUUCAACCGAUCAAACUGGGUCAAUAACCCUUCAGAGGAUAUAACAGAGGCGAACAAUCGCGUACAUUCUUCUACUCAUAAAUCAAAUGGGGGAAAUAUCACUGCUAUAGUUGGAUCUAAGGAUGUGCAAAAAGGAGUUGGUGGUCGCCAGUACAUUGAACUUGGGCAUACUGAAAAUUGGCCCUUGAAGGGGAAGAAAAACAGUGUCGAUGCAAAGGUUAAGGAACACGCGACGAGUUCCUCGAGCCAGGAACAUAUUGUUGCUGAAACUGAUAAUGUUCGUGCUAUUCAUGUAACGACUGAAUGUGCACUUCAGGAGGAGGUUGUUUCAACGGAUUCGAGGGAUUCCAGUGAUACUGAGUAUCAGAAGAAGAAUACAGACAUAAAAUCUUGUAGUUGAAUAUCGACAAUAUGAGUUUGGCAAAUGGCCUUUACUAAUAAUAUACCACAAUUAAGAUAGAAGAUCAUGAGAGGGAUGCGUAC